AUGUCGCAGUUGGUUAAUAAAGCCAAGAACUUCGUCUCUGAUAAAAUCAGCGAUGUGGCCAAGCCUGAAGCGAGUCUCACCGACGUCGACUUUACGCGCGUGACCAUGAACAAUGUCGAGUACUUGGCCAAGGUCGCUGUUCAUAAUCCUUAUUCACAUGCUCUCCCCAUUUGUGAGAUCAACUACUCAUUCAAAAGCGCCACUAGGGAGAUAGCAUCAGGGAUAAUACCAGAUCCGGGUUCAUUGAAAGCAAAGGACACAACAAUGGUGGAUGUACCUGUGAAGGUGCCGUAUAGUAUAUUGAUGAGCUUGGCAAAGGAUAUUGGAGCUGAUUGGGAUAUUGACUAUCAGUUGGAUUUGGGUCUUGUUAUUGAUCUUCCUGUUGUUGGUAACUUCACCAUUCCUCUUUCUCGUAAGGGAGAGGUUAAGCUACCAAGUCCUUUCUAG